AUGGGUGUGGAAAAAUGUUUAGUGGCCGCUUCGUGUAUAGCUGCUGUUCUGGCUAUGAUUGCUUGUGGGAUCAUUUACCCUGCACUGUAUAAGGAAAUCCACAAGGUUCAUGAUAUGGUUAUGGACGGCGUAGCGAUGUUUCGCACAGAAACAGACUCAGCUUGGGCCGAGAUUAUGGAUGUGCGGCUAAUGUUUUCGUCAAAAACAAAGCACCUUGAGAAUCCCUUCAACUCGAUAUUCCGACGAAGAAGACAGUCGCUUCCGGAAUGGUGCGUUUGUGAACUGACACCACCUACUUGUCCGCCUGGACCACCCGGACCCCCAGGACCUCCAGGGCAGCCAGGAAUUCCUGGAAUGCCCGGUCCGAAAGGAAGGGACGAUACGACAGUUUACGCACCAAUCCAAUGCCCUCCUCCAGAUCCCUCAUGUAUCAAAUGUCCUCCAGGACCUGCAGGACCACCAGGACCACCGGGAGCACAAGGAAUGCCUGGACAAAUGGGUCGACCUGGCCAACCCGGACCAAAGGGCAACAACGGUAUGCGUGGUCCUCCAGGUCCUCCUGGAGAUGCAGGACCCAGUGGUGAACGUGGGCCUGAAGGAAGACCUGGUGCAAAAGGCCAAGAUGGAAGACGAGGUAAAGGACUACCUGGACCAGCUGGGCCUCGAGGUCCUCCCGGUAUGCAGGGCAAACCUGGCACUGUUGGGAGACCCGGUAUGCCUGGAGCACCUGGUCCUACCGGUCCCUCCGGUCAAGCUGGUUUACCAGGAAUGAAAGGACCCGACGGCCGCCCAGGUGCACCAGGAAUGAUUGGCGCUCCGGGCAAGGACGCACACUAUUGUCCUUGUCCUGUUCGUGCUUCUGUUAUUUCUUCAGAAAUGGGGGCGUACUCUCCCAGUGGUGCUGCGGCUGUUGCUCCUCCGAUGAAGCCACAUCCUGUUAGUGCUCCAACUGUCGUUUCUGCGCCAGCCAUGGCACCCCCUCCAUCCAUGGCUGCCCCACCACCCAUGGCUCCUCCACCAUCAUCGUAUCAUGCGGGUAGAGUUCCAGCCGUAGGUUCACCACCAGCCAUGGCUCCUCCGUCAGCUAUAGCUCCAACUUCAUCUUAUCCUGGUCCUGCUCCUCCAUUUGCUCCUCAGCAAGUGUCAUAUUAUACUGCUCGUUCCCGGAUGGGUCCACAGACGGUGUAUCCAGUAUCGAUGAGCAGAGCAGCCAUGGGUUAUGGAAGAAAAUCGGCAAGGAGGCAUAGAAUGAAGCUGAGGAAAAAUUAA